AUGUCUUCGCUAUCGGGUUUCCUCAAGAUACAAAUUUUUCUUCAUCAAGACUUGAUUCAAUUAUCUCAAGUGGAAGCUCAAAGUUUCAUGGAUAAAGAUGCGUGUAAGGCAUUUAAUUCGGGUCAUUUAGGCGCGGCGAUACAUUUCACUGGUGAAGGUAAAGGGAAGUGGCGUGGCAAAUAUUGUGAAGAGUAUAUGGAAUCAAGAUUUUCAAGUGAUCUUAUUCAGAAACAAAUUGAUUCAGAACUGUGGGAAAAUGGAAGAAGUAGAGUAGAAGGAGGAUCAAAAGCGAAGAGGCGAGAACUAAAGAAUAGAAUUACCUCUGAUUUUCUGGAUUCCACCGUAGCUUUGGACGAAGCGUCUCCGACUGGUAAAAUUCUUUACUCGUCCUUCAGUAAUUUCUGUUUGGGGAUCAUCGUUGAAUCUGCGGCGGAGACGUUAGCAAAACAGGAUCGGAGAUGGAACAGAGGUGAGAACGAAGAAGAGAAACAGGCGGUAGCGAAGGUGUCAUUCGUGGCAUUGUGA